AGCUGACUAGUGAACACUUCCUAACUUUGUGCAUUCAAAAUGAUACUCAAGGGUGUGCUCUUAUUGCUAAUAUCAGUUAAGUUUGUUAGCGCGAACAUUUUGUAUAGUGACCCUAUCGAGAGUUGGAGAAAGUUUAAGACAGAAUUUGGCAAGCACUACCAUGAUAUAUACUCGGAAAAAAGGCAUUUCAGAAAUUACUUACAAAGUUGGAUUCUAACACACAAGCACAAUGCGAAGUAUUUUCAAAGUCUCGUUCCUUAUAAAUUGGCAAUAAAUCACUUGGCGGAUUUCAAUCGUGAGGAAAGGUUGAAAUUUUUCUAUGGAUUCAACUUAACAAUGCUCAAAUCAACGCGAGGAGAGGGUAUAUCAGCAACUUUCUUGAAACCAGAAAACGUAUUCAUCCCAAAAUCGAUAAAUUGGACAGCUGAAGGUGCUGUGACUGAAGUGAAGGAUCAAGAAUACUGUGGCUCAUGCUGGGCAUUCUCUGCAACUGGUGCAUUGGAGGGUCAGCAGUAUCGUCUAUCGAAAAAGUUGAUCUCACUCUCGGAACAGAAUUUAAUUGACUGUUCGUACGACUAUGGAAACAAUGGUUGCUUUGGUGGGCUGAUGACAUUCUCUUACGAAUAUGUUCGCGAAAAUAAAGGAAUCGAUACUGAAGAAAGUUAUCCAUAUGACGGAGAGGAUUGGAUGUGUCGUUUUGACCCAAAGUAUGUUGGAGCUACUGACAAAGGCUACGUUGAAAUACCGUAUGGAAGCGAAAAAGCAUUAAUGGAGGCCGUAGCGACUGUUGGGCCAAUUUCUGUGGCUAUAGAUGCAGCCGAUGAAAAGUUUCAACUCUACAAGGAAGGAGUAUAUGUUGGUAAAUCUUGUAAUAAGUAUAACGUGAACCAUGCAGUCCUUAUUGUUGGAUAUGGGACCGAUUCAAAAACGGGCCUUGAUUACUGGCUUGUUAAAAAUUCUUGGGGGAAAAAGUGGGGGGAUAAAGGUUACAUAAAAAUGGUACGAAAUAAAAAUAAUGCAAACUGCAUAGCAUCAUAUGCAAGUUAUCCGUUAAUGUGAAAUAUUAUAAUAAAAUAAAAGGUUAUUGUUUUUUGCAU